GAAAAUAAUUAUCGCUGCUGCUCCACUAGUUAAUUAAAUAGUGUCAAGCAAUCGAACCAAUUUACCAAGAACCGCCAGCAUGCCGAGUGUAUCCCUUUCCAAGGUGCAUAAGCACAUUUCUAAGAAGCGCAGCGCUAUGGACUCCAUGCACGAGAACAGCCGUGACGCCAAACGUCUGCGCCGCGCAGGAUCCCGAGAGGAACGACUGUCCCACCAUGCGGGAAUGACAUUGAAAGCCCGCCAGCCAUACGUGGAGCGCAUCCAAUAUUUCCACCAUGCCGUUCAAGACGUUGAGGAGCCCUUGUCCGAUGCCCAGCUCACCGAGAUGAUCUUAGAGUGCAUCCACCGAGAUCAAGAAGAAAUCGCACAACUCAAGUCCGAGCGCCGAAAAGGGCGGCCGCCGACCCGACGAGAGGAGCUUCUGUUGCAGCGGACAGAAACGGAGGAAAAGGAAUUUAAAACUGGGUUCUGGUUGCCCGACAUGGGAGAUGCUGAUGUACUGCACGCUCUAAAACACUGGAACGGGCAUUGGGCCGGACUCAGCUCGGUCAAGUUCAUUCGAAUCACACAAGAGGGAGUGAAGCAAGCCUCGAACUUCCCGCCCAAAGGCAUGUCAUAAUUACGGAUCUUCUCGAGAUUUUUCUACUUGUCUUUUGACGUGAGGGACGAUUGGCGCAUUCGGAGUACAUUGGCCUACUUGUCCGGUCGUAUAUAAAAAAUCUUGCAUCUUAUGAAAUAUAAC